CGGGAGCAACGGGAGGAAACACCGUCACGUGGCCGGGCGGUGAAGGCCGCGUCUGAGCAACGGGCCAAGCAGAAGUGGGGCUGUGAAGGGAAAGUAAACGGGCCUGAUCUGCCGGCCAGGCGGGGAUGUGGGCGGCCAGGCCCCGCUCCCGGGGCUCUAGGCCUGCUCUACACGCGUUCCCUUCUCCCAGCGGCCACGGUGAUGAAUGACCGGCAGGAUUAUUUCUUACCAUACCUAUUCCAAAUCGGUACAUCUUUGAUUGAAGCUUAAGGAUCUGUUUCCAGAUUGCAUCUACCGUUCAUUUGGUGUGGUACUCUGAAUGGCUAUUGGAUAGGAAUGUAUAGCCUCAUGGCCAAUUGCUGCAACUGGCUAAAGCGGUGGCGAGAACCUAUUAGGAAGGUGACAUUAAUCAUGGUGGGCCUUGAUAAUGCUGGAAAAACUGCAACAGUAAAAGGAAUUCAGGGAGAAUCUCCUGAAGAUGUGGCUCCAACAGUUGGCUUUUCUAAAAUUGACCUUAAACAAGGUCGAUUUGAAGUCACAAUCUUUGAUCUUGGAGGCGGAAAACGAAUCCGAGGCAUUUGGAAGAAUUACUAUGCUGAAUCCUAUGGAAUCAUAUUUGUCGUGGAUUCCAGCGAUGUGGAGAGAAUGGAAGAGACAAAAGAGACCAUGUCAGAACUUCUAAGGCAUCCCAAGAUAUCAGGAAAACCUGUCUUAGUGUUAGCUAACAAGCAGGAUAAAGAAGGUGCCUUGGCAGAAGCAGAUGUAAUUGAGUGUUUAUCUCUUGAAAAACUUGUCAACGAGCACAAAUGCCUCUGUCAGAUUGAACCUUGCUCAGCUAUCAUAGGUUAUGGGAAAAAAAUAGACAAGUCUAUCAAAAAGGGUUUACUUUGGCUGUUACAUAUUAUAGCUAAAGAUUUUGAUGCCUUAUACGAACGAAUUCAGAAAGACACCACAGAGCAAAAAGCAGCUGAAGAACAAGAGAAACGUGAACGGGCAGAACGAGUGAGGAAGAUACGAGAAGAAAGAGAAAGAAAAGAGAAAGAAGAAGCUGAACGUGAAGGAAGAACCAUUUCAGAUGAUGUAGAUGCUGAGCUAGUAAUUGGCAACCCAUUCCAACCAAUAUCAACUGUAAUUGCUGAGAAUGAAAAGAAAAUUGAAAAGGAAAAGAAAAGGCAGCGGGAAGAGAAUGAAAAAGAAGUCCUGGUUUUGAAACCAAAAACAAACCAGGAACAAAUGGAUACUCAAAGCUUGAUUAGCCAACAAUCCAACGACUACAGACUGGUAGAAAAAUAUAAAUGUGCACUCUCCCAACAGUUAGACCAUGAAGAUGAGAAUGACCAGCAGGUAUCAGAGAGUCUUGACUCUGGCGAUAAUGCCAUCUUAAAUCCAGGAACAGAGAAUAGUAAAAAGAAAGCAAAGAAACUCAAAUUGAAAAGAAGUCACCGGGUUGAGCCAGUCAGUACAGAAGAUGCCAUAUCCCCACAGCCAACACCAGUAACUCCUCUCGCACCAGUUGGAUGGGAAACUCCCAAAGUUAACAGAAUUCGAAAACUUGAACCUCUUGGUGAAACGCGUCAUAAUGGGGUUUAGAAAGAAGAAAGCAAGAGAAAAAAGGCAGACCGAAAGAGAUUUCUAUGGGAAGCCAUUGCCUCCGCUGACUCUACGGCAAAGACCAAACAGCGAAACCCAUGAUGUCAUUUCUUAACAUAUAAUUAAUCAUGGGAGUUUUAAAGGAGCAUGAAAUGAAGACCUGUAUUUGACGCUGUUUGCUUACUUGGGGAGGCACUUGUUACAAUCACUGGUCAAGGACAUGUAAGAUUUCCUUUGGAUCUUUACUGUGAGGAUUGCUUCCUUGAACUUAAUUUUCCUAGUUUCUGCAAGGUUCAUGUGGAACAAGAAAACUCGUGUAAGCGGACCUCUUGGGAAAUAAGAGCAAAGCUUCUCACUUGGUUUCCUUAAUUUAAAUGAAACAUAUAAUCCUGAACAAUAACACUUUCAAGUGGAACUUGACUGUGCACACCCAAGGACUCUUUUCCAGUUAGUCUUAGAAUAUUUCUAUAUUAAAUAUAUUUUGUUUUCAAAUAUGCAUGCUCAAAAGGGAAAAAGACAGUAUGAACUGUACAUUUUACUUAUUUUUAUAUUUUUCUAGUACCUUGCUUGUUUUUAACAGUACAGUUUGUUAACAGAACUAUUUUGAAAUACUGACGUUCACAGCAGGGCAUACUUGGAAAUGUCGUCUUUUUGCAACAGCAAUACAAUUCACAUGUGAUUUGUUGUCUGGCUGUUAAUAUGUUGUUGUUUUGUCUUGCCCUGAUCCACUGGUAAGAAAUAUGUGCACAAAUGGUUGCUGUAGUUAUUUCCCCAGGCAGGAAUUAUUUUUCAAGAGCUAGCUCUGUGCAUGGGGCAACUACAGGUAGAGACUCUGGAACAGUACUAUUUAUGAGAAAGAAACAUUCAUCCCUUUCCUAUAAAGUUGCUGCUGAUCUCCAUGAACUUUACAGUUCUUGUGCACAGGCUCAGUUACUAGAAUCAACUUUUCAGCUCGGUGGAAUACCACAUACCCAUUUUCAUUCCCUCCUUUUAGUUUUAGUUUAGUUUAUGAUCUCAAGUGAUAAAAGGAAUAAUAUUCAAAAUUACUGUGAUUCUUUUCAAGGAAUAUUUUAAAGUUAUUUGAUUACCUUGUAAGCUCAAAUAAAUUCCAAUUCCAUGAACAAAAACUUAAGUAAAAAUUUAAAGCAGUUUAAACAUAAUUUAUCAAGAAUUCACCUCUUUUCUGUUUAAGCCUUUCCAUAUAACACCAAUAUUCGCUUUGCAUACAUUUUUUUUGCAUGUAAUAUACAAAGAACUGUUUUAUAAUCAAAGGCUUUCCUGUACAUGCAAACAUCAGGCAGCUGUGAAUAUGCUUGCCAAGUGUGAAUGCAAAGCAGCCCUAGAAUUAAAGUGAACACAAAACCCUCUGCUCAUGCUGGAGUAAUAAAUGUACAUUAGAGCCAUGUGGUAAUGGUCAUGUUUGGGCAAUGUAUUGUUAAACUCCCUUGUUAUUCUGUGCUGUGUGUAUGUUUCAGUUUCAUUUGAAGUUAAUAACUUCUACACUGUGAAUAAAACUGACGCAAUUGGAGUUUCA